AUUUUUUGCUAAUGCAAGCGUCUCGAUAGUUUGACAAUCUGUUCACGUUUUGCGAACACUUUACGAUUUACGGUCGUUAAGUGAGCACGCGGCAAAUUUCGACGCCAAGUGGGAAAUUACAUUUCUGCAAAAGAAGUUUUUAUUCUGUGACUUUUGUAAGAAGUUUAAUAACUAAAGCAAAAUGGGCAAGGAUUUCGAUGCUAUGGGAUUCGUCAAGGACUUCGCUGCCGGUGGUAUUUCCGCAGCUGUCUCAAAGACUGCCGUCGCACCCAUCGAGCGUGUGAAACUGCUCCUGCAGGUUCAGCACAUCUCGAAACAAAUCUCGCCCGAUCAGCAAUACAAGGGUAUGGUUGAUUGCUUUAUCCGCAUUCCAAAAGAACAGGGUUUUGGUUCAUACUGGCGCGGUAACUUGGCCAACGUUAUUAGAUAUUUCCCAACUCAGGCUCUUAACUUUGCCUUCAAGGACAAGUACAAGCAGGUCUUCUUGGGUGGUGUUGACAAGAACACCCAGUUCUGGCGUUACUUCAUGGGCAACUUGGCCUCCGGUGGUGCCGCUGGUGCUACAUCUCUCUGCUUUGUCUACCCAUUGGACUUUGCUCGUACUCGCUUGGCUGCUGAUACUGGCAAGGGUGGUGCUCGCGAGUUCACCGGCCUGGGCAACUGCUUGACCAAGAUCUUCAAGAGUGAUGGCCUUGUUGGCUUGUACCGUGGCUUCGGCGUUUCCGUGCAGGGCAUCAUCAUCUAUCGUGCCGCAUACUUUGGCUUCUACGAUACCGCUCGCGGCAUGUUGCCCGAUCCCAAGAACACACCCAUCUACAUCAGCUGGGCCAUCGCUCAGGCUGUUACAACUGUUGCUGGUAUUGUGUCCUAUCCAUUCGAUACUGUGCGUCGUCGCAUGAUGAUGCAGUCUGGCCGCAAGGCAACCGAGAUCAUCUACAAGAACACAAUCCACUGCUGGGGCACCAUUGCCAAGCAGGAAGGUACCGGUGCCUUCUUCAAGGGCGCCUUCUCCAACAUUCUCAGAGGCACUGGCGGUGCUUUCGUGCUUGUGUUGUACGAUGAGAUCAAGAAGGUCUUGUAAAUUAAAUUAUUAAAUUAUUCAAACAACAAGAAAAACAAAAAUUAAAUCAACAACAAAACAACAACAAACCACUACCAGCUAAUUAUAUUAUAUAAAUUGUAAACAACAACAGCAACAAGAACAGCAAUGAAACAAACACCCAACAAUAAUAACCCAAUAUAAUUACGAAAUUAUAUUAUAUAUAAUAACUGGAAUAUAAUUUAAUUGCACUUGCAUAAAAUAGCAACAACAACAACAACUACAAAAAACAACAUCGAUCGGUGGCCAGAUAACAGACAACGGCAACAAGCAAACAAACAAUAACAACACCAGCAAAAGGAGCAAAACGAGAGGAUAAUGGAGAAACGAAGCGAAAACAUCCAAAACAUGGACAGACCAACACACCCCCCCCCCCCCCCCCCCCCACACACACA